UGACGCCCCCCUUCAUCCCGCUCGCUGUGGCCAGGGAGUGCAGCUCAUGCCAGUGUCGGAUCUUCUUUCAAGCGGGCGCGCUGUUUCCUCUCCAGCUCAGACUCAGUUCAGUUCUCCAGCGCAGCCACCGGCUCACCAGCCCCAAGUUUACGCACAGGGAUGCGGGCGCGUGGAGCCGCGUGAAAAUGGCUCGCUUUAGGAUUUACUCUUUCCUUGCUCCUUUUCAUAUAUUGGUGUUGUGUCAAGCCUUGAGGAAUUAUCCAGAUAAUGAAGUUACUCUACUCGACUCUAUGUCUGCCCCAGGUGAUCUGGGUUGGGAAGCGUAUCCAUCAGAGGGGUGGGAGGAGAUCAGUGUUAUGGAUGAGAGGAACAUUCCUAUGAGGACGUACCAGGUGUGCAAUGUAAUGGAAGCCAAUCAGAACAACUGGUUGCGCACUGGACUGAUCCAGCGAGAAGGUGCUCAACGAGUCUACGUGGAGAUCAAAUUCACUCUACGUGACUGCAACAGCCUUCCGGGAGUCCCUGGGACCUGUAAGGAGACGUUUAAUGUGUACUACCACGAAUCUAACAAUGCCGUCGCUGCACCUUUGCGGCACAUUCGAGAAAGCCAAUAUGUCAAGAUUGACACUAUAGCGGCUGAUGAGAGCUUUACGCAGACAGACGUUGGAGAUCGUGUCAUGAAGUUGAAUACGGAAGUGCGAGACAUCAGUGGUCUCAGUAAGAGGGGCUUGUACCUGGCGUUUCAAGACCUGGGUGCUUGCAUUGCUCUGGUGUCGGUGAGAGUCUUUUAUAAGCGCUGUCCUCUGGCGGUGCUAAAUUUGGCCCGUUUCCCGGACACAGUGACGGGUGGCGAUUCAGCACUGGUGGAGGUGCGUGGAACUUGUGUGGAGGAUGCGGAAGAGCUGGAGGCACCACGGAUGUUUUGCAGUGCUGACGGAGGUUGGCUGGUGCCCAUCGGCCGCUGUGUGUGCCGGCCAGGAUUCGAGGAGGUAGAUGGACACUGCCAACCAUGUCGGUCAGGCUUCUACAAGGCCUCUGCUAUGGAUGCAUACUGUGUGAAGUGCCCCCCACACAGUUACUCCCACCAGGACAAGGCCUCUGAGUGUGUGUGUGAGAGAGGCUUCUACAGGGCCGAAUCAGACCCUCGCUCUAUGGCAUGCACAAGACCACCUUCGGCACCCGGCAAUCCCAUUUCCAUGGUGAACGAGACUGCAGUCACUCUAGAAUGGAGUCCUCCUCGUGAAAGUGGUGGACGUGGAGAUGUCACCUACAGCGUCCACUGCAGGAAAUGCUCUGGAGAAGCAGGGGCUGCAGGAGAUGGUGAGAAGUGCGUUCCCUGUGGCAGCGGUCCGCAUUUCAACCCCAGGCAGUUUGGCUUGACGCACCCCAGAGUUCUGGUGACAGAACUGCAGCCUCACACCAAUUACACCUUCAACAUUGAAGCCCUGAACGGAGUGUCAGAUCUUAGCCCCAGUCCACGUCAUCUAGUGUCCGUCAACAUCACCACCAGCCAGACAGUGAGUGUCAUCUUAAAGGAAAGGAAGGGCACCGACAGUGUAACGCUGGCAUGGCAGGGUCCAGAACCUUCUGACGGGACUGUAGUGGAAUAUGAAGUCACCUAUUAUGAAAAGAACCAGCAGGAUCAGAACUACACUGUGCUGAAGACCAAAUCCAACAGUAUGACGGUGGAAGGCCUCAAGCCGGGAACCACAUACAUCUUCCGGAUCCGAGCCCGUACAGAUGGAGGCUAUGGGAACUACAGGGGAGAAAUUGAGUUGGAGACGAGCCAUGAAGAUAUGCUUGCGGUUGGAGAUCCAAACCAGCAAACCAUACUGGCCAUCUCUGUGGCAGGCGGUGCAGUGCUUCUGGUCUUGCUAGUGGCCUGUUUUGUUGUGAGUGGAAGGCGCUGUGGAUAUAUUAAAGCAAAGCAAGACCCUGAGGAAGAGAAAAUGCAGUUUCAGCAUGGACGAGUCAAACUUCCCGAAACCCGCACGUAUAUUCACCCGCAUACAUAUGAGGACCCCAACCAGGCGGUGCGAGACUUCGCCAAGGAGAUCGAAGUUUCCAACAUACGGAUUGAGAGAGUUAUUGGGGCUGGUGAGUUUGGAGAGGUCUGCAGUGGCCGUCUGAGGCUGCCCAGUAAGAGGGAGAUCCAGGUGGCCAUCAAGAGUCUGAAAGCCGGAUAUUCAGAGCAGCAGAGACGUGACUUUCUGGGUGAAGCAAGCAUUAUGGGCCAGUUUGACCAUCCCAACAUCAUUCGACUGGAAGGAGUCGUCACUAGAUGUAAGCCUGUGAUGAUAGUGACAGAGUACAUGGAAAAUGGAUCUCUGGACACGUUUUUGAAGAAACACGACGGGCAGUUCACGGUGAUCCAGCUGGUGGGAAUGAUGCGUGGGAUAGCUGCGGGAAUGCAGUACCUCUCAGAGAUGAACUAUGUGCAUCGGGAUUUGGCGGCACGGAACAUUCUGGUGAACGGAAACCUGGUGUGUAAAGUGUCUGACUUUGGGCUGUCGCGCGUGUUAGAGGACGAUCCAGAGGCAGCAUACACUACACGGGGGGGUAAGAUUCCCAUUCGAUGGACAGCCCCUGAGGCCAUCACCUACAGGAAGUUCACAUCAGCCAGUGAUGUGUGGAGUUACGGCAUUGUCAUGUGGGAGGUGAUAUCCUAUGGGGAACGACCGUACUGGGAAAUGUCCAAUCAGGACGUGAUAAAAGCUGUAGAUGAAGGCUACAGGCUACCGGCUCCAAUGGACUGUCCGGUGGUGCUUCACCAGCUCAUGUUAGACUGCUGGGAAAAGAACCGCAGCGAUCGGCCGAAAUUUGGGCAGAUUGUCAACACUCUGGACAGGCUGAUCCGGAACCCUAGCAGCCUGAAGCAGCUGGCCAACACUGCAAUCUGGGAGGACCCAGUGACUCCUGAGGCAGGGGUCCGCACGGUGGAAGACUGGCUGGACUUGAUUAAAAUGGGUCAGUACAAGGAACACUUCUCCAGCGCCGGCUAUGUCACCCUGGACUCAGUUCUGUAUGUCAGCGCCAGUGAACUGGAUAAGAUGGGUGUAGCACUGGCAGGCCAUCAGAAAAAGAUCUUGUCUAGCAUCCAGUGUCUUCAGGCACACCAUGGGAUUCAGGUCCAGGUAUAGCGCCUCCCCUCAACGCCCUCAAACCUGUUCCGCUUCCCCUGAUGAGGAGAUUGAGAGCGUUCUUGCCACAUGGAAGCGUCUUGCUGCAAAAUGACUCUAUUUUAGCUCUCUACCAGCACUGAAGUUCAUCAGCCCUUAUGGAGAACGGGCCGGUACCUUCCCCUUUGUGUCCAGCAUCCAGAAAGGCAGUGGAUCGCUUGCAGAUGUCCGAGAUUGGGAACUUGGAUAUCGAUCCAUCCAAGUGAAGUAAGAACAAGAAUCAACACCAUGUGACAUCACAGCACUGUGAACAUCACGCUUCACUCCUCAUUGUACAGAAGAAAGACCUUGAGAAGAAACACCGACUGUGUCUUGUGAAUCUUUGAACUGUUUUGCGAGCUAUACUAGUAUAAUUUUCUUCGAUAAGACGCUUAACGUGAAAUGCGACGGUGAGGAAACCUUCAGUGCAAACCUGUGUACGUGGAAGUAGUUUAGAAACCUUGAGACUCGCCUUUAGAAAGCAAUGAAGCACUGAUCUCUCUUUCGCAUACGCACACAUUUAAAUGCUACAUAGAAGGGCCGCUCCUUGACCCCAAAUGCCACUCCGGACUGCUUCCAUCAAGCCCUCAGCAGCGUCUUCGGAAUAUGUCAAUUCCACCGUAGAGAUCCUAGAGUUCGGAGAGCCCACGCUUGUCACUUUUGACAAGUUUUGACAUCCGAUGUGCAGCAACAGAGAAGCGAGAGGCGUUUAAAGAAUGAAAAGCAAUUGUUGCUUCACAAACAGAGACUGGCCAGCGUGACGAUGUCAUGAAGAGGGCAGAUGCUGUCCUUCCUUCACACUGGCAGCAGCUUUCAGUCGUCUUUUUCAACACAUCGAUGUGGCUUUUCUUUGUGUAUUUAAGGUAUUUUGCCUCAUUAAAUGUGUUUUAUCACAAACGUGAGCAUGUGUUUUGAAAGAAGGAGGAAGGAUAUGUGUUGAGCAUUUUAUGAGAGCGACUUUAUUCCUAAAUCAUCCUGGUGUUGAUGGAGCUGCACUCGGUGGACUGUUGAACCUGUGUUUGUGUUGGACCCUGUUUAGCGUAGAGGUACCGAGUGCUUGGUACCUUCAGAUUACAUUUCCAUAUGAUAACAAAAUGGAGGAGCUUAAACAUUUUAGCAUACAAUUUCCAUGUCAUUUCAUGCGCCAUCUUCACAAUCCCGUGUAUAAGGUGUCCGCAACAGAUGCUGGUGCUUUAAAAAUAGCUUCAUCCUCCAAUUUCUGGUUUCUCGCCCCAUGGAAAUGUGUGAUUGAAGAAGAAAAGAUUGUAUUGCAGUAGAACCCGAGACAUUGUACAGUGUUGGUUAUUGUAUUUGUACAGUAAUGACUUAGUGUUUUGAAGGUUUUUGUCAGUUGUAAAUUAAGGCAAGGUGGUAACUCUUAUUUUAACCUUCAACUCUAGCUUUGGACAGACGAGGAUUGUGAGGCUGUAGAAUGUAAUGGAUAAUUUAGCUUUAAAGUGUUGGGGAAAGCUAAGCAUUCUCAGGAUUGUUGUUUGUCACUGAUACACGAUUCAAGAUGGCAGCAAACUCAGUUCUGUCAUCUAUCUAUACGCUUCCUGUUCGAUGCCGUUCGGCUUCAUUGUUCUCAUUUAUGUUUGGUCAUCACAAGUCUUUCAUUUAUACAGUAAAAACACUUUCUGCGUGUUUGUCUUUUUUCCAGUAAAACUAUCUAAACAUCAGAAUUGCUUAAGAUUUUAUGAAUUGUUUACCUUAUGAAUUGUUUACCGUUUAUUUUAUGCUCUAAAGAAAAUGUAGUGGGUUUUAUUUUUUUUAUUUUUUUUUGUCAAUUUAGGACAAUAUUUUUAAUAUACUCAGAAAUAAUUUAUUUACACUACUGUUCAAAAGUUCAAAAAAAUCUCUUUUUAGAAAAAAAAAAGUUUUAUUCAGCAAGGAUGCAUAAAAUUAAUCAAAAUGACCAUAAAGACAUUUAAUUUGCAUAUUUCCCCCCUUUUUAUUUUUAUUAAUGGAAGAAAUCAUGGUUUCUAAAUAAAUUCUAAUACUAUUUCACAAUAUUUUGAUCUAAUAAAUGCAUCCUUGAUGAGCAAAAGAGACCUUUAAAAAAAAAAAAAAAAUAAUAAAUAUGAUCAAACUUUUGAACAAUAGUAUAUCUUAUUUUUUUAUAUAUCUUGCUUUAGUGAUGUUUCUAAAAUAUUUUAUUGGGAAACAAGACAAUACUGAGAAGGUGAAUUAUUUGCCGUGCAGAUGAAAGCCACGUGGGUGAAACGGUAUUGAUUUAAUAAGCACAACAAAAAUUCAAAUUUCAAACAUGAUUCUUUUUUUUUUUUACAUUAUAAUGUUGGCAGACAUUUUCUAAGUGAUGCAGAAGAAACGAAAACAGUGUUAUCCUCAUUCUCUCAUUAUGUAACCUCUUGUGUUCCUUCAGCUCACUGAGUUGAAACCAUAAGGAAGAAUGUUUAUUUCUUCUGCAUAUUUAUUGAUGAAAGUCAAGGUUAUAAUUGUAAUAAUGGGCACAUCUGCUCUGUCCUUUUAGCAAUUCUUAAUUAGGAACUAUUCCUAAUUGUCAAAUUACUGAAACAUAUGUGCCUAUUCCAAUUUGUAAUUUCCCAUGCGGCAACAAUAACAGCGAAUAAUUUAAUGAGGCGUUACAAAAAGCAUCUUCCAACCCAAAACAAUAGACUUUGAAUUCUUAGAGUGAUUUCAAAGUUCUCAUUUUUUCAUGUUUUAAGCUUAUAGCCCACUACUGACACAAACAUGCACACAGACUCUCACAGUUCAAUGCAGUAAACAUGGUCUUGAAGCAUUUUUGACAUUCCUUUUGAUUUCGAGAAAUAAUAAAUGCUGUUUUUUGUGUUUCAUUUCGUGAAAUACUGUUAAUAUGCACAGUAACAUCAUGCAUACGUUGGUCUGUCAGCUUACACAGUCCACACUACCUGUUACUGGGUUACCUGAACAUUGCAUCAGGACCUGGGAUAGACAUUUUUAGCCAAGAUAGUGAACACACAACUUAAACUUUGAUUGCCAGGUUUGAAUAUCAGCCAGGAUUAGCAGUGAGACAGGAGAAUAAAUAAAUGUCACUCAGCGGUGGAGACGUGUAGCGCUGUUUGAAAAAUAUUAAUGAUGUGUCGAAGUCAUGAAUUAAACCUUAGGAGGCCACUCUCUUGUGGCCGAAAGAUUCAGUAUUACAAAAUCUUUAGAUGGUUUUGCAGUCAGCCUCUGUGACUCACUCUACCAAUCAAGACUGUUGUUUUUCGUUGUACGGGUUACCGCACUGUACAUUACAUAAUUAAAUCAUAUCUGGUAUACUUGUGUUGAAGUGUACACUUGCGAUGCACUGUGCAACCCACCUCUAAACUGGAGUACUUCAGCCCUGAGUGUAAAAAGCUUCUUUGGCUUGUAGGUGGUCAGUAAUGGAUACAUGAUCGAAUAAGGCCAUGGAGGGUCACAGAGUCAUUGACUUGAGCAGAGCAGGUCCUCAGUCAGUACCUGAAGAUGUUACCUCUAAUUUUCUGUGUAUCUUUUGUUUUGGAUUUUUCAACAUUGUGAUCAUUUGUGUACCGGUUUGGUUAUUAUAUCAUAAAGCUCUUGUUGAAUUGUAUGCAUUUUAAACAUUGUGUCCAAUAAAUAUGUUAAUAUUUUGAAA